GAAAAAUACUUGGAACCGCCAGAGAGGCGACUAACCAACUCAGUGAACUGGCGUCGUUGUAACUGGAAGCGAGCUGCGAUGGAGGCACCUACGAUCAUCUGGUUCCCACUGAUCCUGCUGCUGCUCUUGCUCCUCCCGAAGUCAAUGGAGUCCCUGGAUUGCCAGCGGCAGCUGGAGAACGACAUGGAUCCGGAGGAGGAGCCGUGCGAGAACUUCCACCAGCACGCCUGCGGCAAUUGGUAUGCAAACAGUGUGCAACGGAGUUUGGGAGCCCACGACAUGCGCUCCAAGUGGGUGGCCAACCUGAAGCUGCAGCUGAACAGGCAUUUGGAGUCCUCCCAGGAGGCGCAGUCCACCCAGCUGGGCACCUUCUACCGCAGCUGCCUGUCCAGUGGCCAGUCGGUGCGGUCCUUCACCGAUGCCCUGGCCCAGAGUGGUGCCAAUUUCACUUUGUUGGCCAACAAUUCGGCGGGUGCCGGUGGCUCCUUUGACUGGACUCUGGCCAAUGCCGCUCUGCGCACCUACGGAGCUCAGGGCUUGUGGCGACUGCUGGUCCAGGACAACUGGCAGUCGGCGGAGCAGCGCAUCUUCUACAUCCUGCCGCCCACUUUCGGCCUGUUGGGAAACGGAGAUGAAAUGGACGAGUUCCUGUACGAGCGCUACCUCAAAGUCCUGCUAAUGGAAUUGGGUCUGCGAGUGCGGAGAUCGGCGCAGUUGGCCCGAAAGCUGGUGGAUUUCGAGCGGAGCCUGAGGAGCCUCUUGCCCAGCGAUAGGGAUCAAAAGCUGGUGCUGCGAAAGCCGCAGAGUCUGAGCGACUUGGAGCUGCAGCUGCCGAAUCUCGAGCUGAGGAGAUACUUUGAGAUAAUACUCCAGGGCCUGGAGGGAGAUCCCUCUGCACUCUUGGUGGUGGCAGAUCUGGAUUAUCUGCAGGGUCUGGAGAAGCUACUGGCCAGGGAAGACGCCGGCGAUCCGUUGGUCCUCUCCACCUGGCUGCUCCUCCAGCUGCCCGUGCACUUCGAGCUGAAGCUCCACGACGACGAGAAGCUGAGCAGCCAGCGCGAUCGCUGCCUGGAGCAGCUGAGGAAACUGAUGCCCGGCCCACUGGGAGUGCUCCAAAUGCAACUGGUGCUGGGGGCGAACUACCAGCAGGUGUACGAUAACGCGGUGCAGCAGAUAGCCCAGCUCUUCCGCAACCUUAAGCUGCAGUUCGAGUUGAGGCUAAAUGAAACGGAGGUCUUCGCCGAGAACCUGGUGACUCGCAAUUUGGCCAGGGAUAAAUUGCGUGCGAUGAGAUUGCUGACGCCACGGCUGCAGGAUCCGGCAGGACAUGCCGCUGCUGUCGGGCUGGCGGCGGCCACGCCCCUGGGCGGAAAUUGCGACGAGAACCUGAUGCGGCUGUCGCUCGACCAGGCCAGAUUGGAGUUCCGUCAGGUGUUCGGGGAGCCGGUGACCUCCGCACCCGCGGAUCCCCUCGCGGUGAACGCCUACUAUCGCCUCAAGCUCAAUCGCAUCGAGUUGCCGCUCGGCCUCCUGGCCACGCCCCUCGCCCAGUUGCCAUGCAGCCCCCCCACAGGAGAGGCUGCUGGGGAGGGGGAGGGAGAGAGGGAGGGAGGCAGCCAUCACCUGGCCAAAAUGUCCGCCGGUUUGGGCUACAUCCUCGCCCACGAAAUGGUGCACGCCUUCGACUACGACGGCAUUAAUUACGACGCCGCCGGGCAACUGGCCAACGGCCAAUGGCCAUCGAGGGCCAUCAUCCGAUUUGGCAUGCGGGCCAGCUGCUAUUUGGGCGUGCGGUACAGUAAUGCCACGCUAACCAUCAACGAGAACAUUGCGGACAGCGAGGGCCUGCGCCUGGCCCUCGACACCUAUCGCCAGCGGAAUAGCACCGCGAAUCUGAGAGCCUUCUUUGUGGCCUUCGCCCAAAAUUGGUGCGGUGCUGCGGCGAGUCCCGGCUUGGGCCAACAUGCCACACACGCCGAGCGGGUGAACAAUGUGCUCGGCAAUCUGCCGGAAUUCGGAGACGCCUUCCAGUGCAAGGCCUCCAGUCGGAUGAAUCCCGCCGAGAAGUGCCGCAUUUGGUGAGGGAUUCGGUGUGCUACAGUAACUCUAUUUGUUGUUAUUAAUAUAAUAUUUAAUCUGCUUGGGCCAGCAAUAAAUUAUAUAAUUAUCCACAAA